AUGACCUCAACGAUUUCCAAUUUGUUUUCUCUUUGGUCUUCCAUGGUUCAGCAGUUAUUGGAGUCCAUCAAUAUUUCCGAAUCGGAAAAACCUCCUUUCCAGGCACAUCGGCUCAGUAGAUGCUCCUCUUCUUCUCCAAUAUUGUGUUCCUCUUCCUCAUUGGUUGAAGAGAUGGAGAAGGCUUUUGCUGAGCAACAACUCAAUGAUGAAGAACAAAGCAACAAGUUCAUGAACGAAGACAGUAACCAACAGCAGACCGUUGGCUCUCAAAAUAAUUGUUGCUCUCGAGGACAAGACGACAUUGUUCCAAUGAUACGAAAGGGUCUUUCAAGUACUAAACCAACAGAUGAGGAAUUGAUGCGAUUAUGGUCGUACUCGUUUCCACCCACUCGAGGGCUGUGGAUCCUUGUCAAUGAUUUUGUUGAAACGUAUUGA